UUCGUUCCCGAGCGGCUUGAGAGAGCUGGGAGCAAUGAGCUUGGUGGUCUAUCCACUCCUGCGGCUCCCGUGCCGCUGCGCCCUCGCGGCGGCGCCGCGGGCCGCCGCGGCGUCGGUGGUGUCGCUGUGGGCCUCGGCCUCGGCGGCGGACGGUGGGGACGGGGAGCUGACGGCGCGGGAGAGGCGGGAGAGGCGGAGGGAGGCGCGGGAGCUGAAGGCGCGGGACUGGAAGGAGGAGGUGGAGGAGCGGCUCAUCCACGAGCCGGCGCGGCGGCGGAAGAAGCCGCCGAAGCGGACGUGGCGGGAGGAGCUCAACCUCGACUUCCUCGCCGAGCACGGCCCGCAGUGGUGGCUCGUGCGCGUCUCCAUGGCGCCCGGCACCGACUACGUCGACCUCAUCACCAAGGCCGUCGCCCGCCGCUUCUCCGAGGUCUCCUUCAAGAUUUACAAUCCAGCAAUCCAAGUGAAGAAGAGGCUGAAAAGUGGUUUGAUCAGUACCAAGUCAAAGCCUCUGCAUCCUGGGCUGGUCUUUCUGUAUUGCACCUUAAACAAGGAGCUUCAUGAUUUUAUCAGAGACACUGAAGGUUGUUAUGGUUUUAUUGGAGCCACAAGAGGUUCUAUUAAAAGGCAGAUUAAGAAGCCUAAACCUAUUCCAGUUGAAGAAGUCGAGUCGAUUAUUAAAAAGGAAAAGGAGGAACAAGAGAAAGCUGACAAAGAAUUUGAAGACUUGGAAAACUGGGAUAAGGGGUCUUUUGGUAAACCCGUUGAAGACUCUGAACUUAUGUUAAUUAAUAAGAUCAAGAAACAGGUCAAAAAAUCAACUUCAAAAGAUGCCUCCAGCAACGACACUUUUACGCUCGGUGCCAGCGUUCAUGUUCUCUCCGGGCCUUUUGCAGGCUUCACUGGCUCUCUUCUGGAAGUAAAUCGCAAAAAUAAGAAGGUUACUGUCCAGAUGACACUUUUUGGCAAGGAGAGCUUUGUAGAUCUAGAUUUUGAUCAAAUUGAGGCACUCAAUACUUAAUGCUAGGCACAGACCAACUGUAUCAGUAGUUUUGUUCAUUGAAAUAGAAGCAAAAGUUUUGUCAGUUGGGCCUUGGAGAUAUUGGUAAAGCACUUGGGUAUGUGUAUCUGUUGAAGACGCACCCGAUUGGGCGACAAACAGAACAGAAUAAUUAGCCUGUCAUCUACAGUAAACAUUAAGCCCCAGGCAGGUGUUUUGAACAAGGGAAAUCGCCGACCAACACUUGGUUGCUGAAGCUCUACCUCGACCUAGUUCUAUCAUGUAGAGAGCAGUGUUUCAACACUUUUGUAUUCUUUUUUGGCGCCAUAGGCUAUUUAUUCAUUUCAUAAUUGGUACAUUCAUCGGAGGUCAUCAAUGCGCACUUUGGAGGAAAAAAGAAGGCUGGUUUUCAUCGGAGGUCAUCAUGUCCAGCAAUCUUGAAGUGUGCUGCUCCAUCAGCUUUGCUUUGCUUUCUGACAGAGUGGGGCCACUUUGGAGGAACAGUUCCAAUUGAGUUGUUUUCAUCAGUGUGCCAUCCUUGAGACCAAAAAGCUUACAGUACAGGCUUCUUGCUUUCCUCCCCUCUCUUUUCCUACAGUUUGUGGCAAUGUGCUGAUGAUGCUGGAACAAAGCCUGCAACGUCUCCACCUGAACAGAUCUAUCACCUUCACUCCUUUUUCAUGCCCUGCUUUUCAAUGACAUGCAUCGAACGAGACGCCUUCUUCUUUC